AUAGGAAGGUCGACUUCGUGGCUCGCAGCGCUGGUCGAAUGGUUGCAGAACCGUGAGUGAUGAAUGCUUUGGAAGUGACGGUGAUACUGACGAUGAUCUCUAGUUCUAUCCUAUAAGCUUUGCUAGUCAACUCCCCGGUACCUGCCCCAAGGACCAGACAGUCAUGAAGUGUUUCCUUAUCCUCACUCUUUUGGCUUCUCUGCGCGCCAGCGCCAGUGCUCAACCCGUGCUCGAUAAGAAAGAUGUGGAUUUGGAAGAGGCCAUCAAAGCCUACAACGCGGUUCUGAAUCCCGAAAAGGGCGCAUCACCCCUCGGAGCAUACAAAGACAUUAUCGAUGCCGCCGACGCACGACAGGUGCUUGGAGUGGCAGGUACCCGACUCUACGGGACUGGGCGCGUGCCACCUUAAGAGUGAAGAGGCUCGAGCGUGGGUGCGGAAUUGGACUGAGUGUACAUAGAGUCCACGAAGGUGUGGGAGUGAUAGGACAAGUAAAUAUUGUGAGGACAUAGCACAAGGGCAAGCCUGCCAUUCUGGCGGUCCACCUGCCGUCGUCUCUUUUACU